AUGAAGGAUACAGGUUCUCUCAGAUUCCAGUGCACGAGGACUAAGAGAGCAAUAUCUUGUGCUGUGAUGGGCUCCAUCGCUUUGAAGACCGUGCUUCUCCUAUGCGCACUCUGUGCACAAGCGCAGCCGCGACCUGUCCUGCUCACCUUAGAAUCAUCGCCAGAUCCGAACACAGAUGUUCUCUUCAACAUGCAGACUCGUAGGAUGGAAGAGCUGGUCUAUCUCGCACUCAUGGCUGAGCGAGUGCUGGUGGAGCCUCAGUACAGCUUCGGUGCGCGCAAUUGGACUUGGUUCGAAAGCUCCAACAACAACCAGCAGGCCAAGAACGAAGUCAUACAUGAGGGAGUUCUCGGCCUCGUUCAGGAGCCGCUCAGCUCGUUCUUCCUCCUCGAUCCUCUGCAGAAGCUCCUCGGGUCCAACAUCGAACCCCUCGGAGGUUUUCACUCACGGGCUGGAGGGCGGGUAGAUCGCCUCCUGCGCUUUCAAGGACCUGGUCUGCCUGCUUGCGAUCGACAAGCUGCCUCCGUGACCUCCUACGGCUACAAAUUCUCCGUUUCUGCUGUCGAGUGCUUGUCUCCUUGGCAGUUUUCAUCAAUCGACGAUUUUCUCAAUCUCCUGGUUGAGGGUGAGAUUGUUGCAAUCCAGUUCAUGCCUGCCAAGUUCGUUGAGUUGAGGUUUCCCUCUUGGAGACAGUCCGACGUUCGGUGGGACAUUCGAAAGGCGUUCAGUUGGGCAAAGGAUCUCGUUCGUAGAGCAGAAGACUUCAUCGCUGCACAUUUGUUCGUAGAAGAGAGCCUGGGGUCGAAGAGGUGGGAGUUUGCGGGGCAGCAGCGGCAACUUGACAGCCAGCAGAUCAUCAUGAGCCGGGCUGCUGUGAUCGUCGUUCCUCCCGGAGUUGGGAACCCUCCCAAUGUCAAUGACACGUCAAACUUCAGCUUGUUUGUGAUCGAGCAGCGAAUGAUCGACGCUUCUCUGCUCAACGUCACUCCUCCUCCUCCCUUCUUCCUCUGCUGCGGCACAUCUCCUGUCCUGUCCAUCUGGCGACCAGCAGGAGGAGACGCUCUGCUUGAUGUGGUGGAGGUGCAGGUCUGGGGAGCCUUCCUCCCGUGGGGCAUGCAGGCCUCCAUCCUCAUCUCAGCUGGACGUCAGCUCGUCGUUGAGGCUCCUCUGUCCUCUUCUGGCACUGUCCGAGUUUUCGGGCUCAAGCCCGGCCAGUACAAGAUGGAGGCGAUCUUGGCAGAGACAGGAGAGAGCCUGGAGGAGCAGGAGGGGAGGAGAGGGGAGGAGGAGGAGGAGGGAACUUCUAGCAUGGUUCUCGACUCUGUUUCCUUCUCGGUGACAGGAGCACCCAGCUCGUCGAGCUUGGCGGUGGAGGUGGACGGGAGGAUGAUGGUGGAAUCGUUCGACAUGUGGGCUGCUCUCAGUCGCUCCUCCUUUUCCGAUGGUUCGGAGACGUCGCACGUCAACUCGGAGGGCACGAGGAUCUCGGUUCCUCCCCAGCAGAGCGCGGGCACGAGGGCUGACGCUCUUGCAGGUGAGGUGGGAAACAGCAACUUCGCUCGAGCUGUCUUCUUGCGUCAAACUCUGCGACGUCGAUCUGUCAUGCCGAGCUGUGCUGCUGCUGGAGGAGAGAGGAGGCAAGUGCGGACGAGUUUCAGCGCUGGAAGGAGCUCUCAGUCUUCAGGCACGAGGCUGCCUCCUCCCUUCUGCCUGUCUCAUGCUGCGCAGGAUCUUUUCGUCCCUCCCUCGUCACCCGAAGAGUCUCGUCCACCUCUCACGGUGAAGGCAGCCGUGAAGAUGGAGGAAGGGAGGAGGAUCAUCGGGAAGGGCUCGAGCGGUUGCCUUCCGCUGCACUUCGUGUGCAUGCGGGGCUGA